UGUCCGAGUCAGGUCGCUCUUUGUAGGCCUUGUUAAGUGGACUUAAGAAGCUAUAGCAGCGUUAGCUAAGUGCACUUAAAAGAGACUGUCUUUGCUCUGAAUGAAAAAUGCUGGAUAAUUAUUCAUAAACAAAAUCAGUUAUGUGUCCAGCUUCUCCCUUAGUGGUCCAAAUCCCGCGUUCGGUAAUCCGCGUGGUUUACUAUAGCUGAAUAAGAAAGCAAGCUGAGGCACGUGGAGAAGGAUGUGCUGAUCCCCAAGAAGAUGAGAGAAAAAGCCAAGGAGCUCUGCGCUGACAAGGUUGAAGCCUUCACCCACUGCUGUAAAGAAUCUGGUUUCUUCAUGGUGUUUAAGUGUCGAGAGGAGAACGCAGCCCUGAAGGAAUGUCUGACACGACACUACCAGGACCCCGCGUUUUUCGAAGAGUGCAAACAGGAGUACAUUCGAGAGAAGCUGGAAUUUGAGAGCACGGGGAUCCCAACCAAGAACAGGAAACAAAAACUUCCAACUAGCAUGUAACAAACAAGCUAGCAGCCUUUACUUUCACGGUGUGCAUCUUUACACUCUGCCCAGAGCCCACAUCGAGUCCUGCAGGAUACAUGCUGGUGGUGUGGACAAGUUGUAACUUUUUGUAAAGCUUACAUGCUUAUGUGUGGAAAAGGUGAGUGAGAUUAUUUUGGUGUACAAAGAGUGAUCAGGAUAUUUGUAAACGAUCAGAAUGCCACAUAUAUGGGAUUGUACCAGUGAUGCAGCAGCCACGUGGAAGAGUUUCAGUGCAGAGCAGCACACAAGGUGCACAGCUGUAAACUGAGGGAUGCUUUGCACCUGUUGAACACUUGAACGUGUUUAUUGCUCCUGCAGCGGCAGCACGAGUGGAGAUGAAGAAUCUGCUCAAUUGCUUUUGGCUGGCGCCACAGCUCGGAAAUUCAUCCGCAGAAGUUGUUGUACAAUAAGUUACGCAGAAUUUGAAAGAAAAAAAAAACAAAGCCAUGGAAAUUAAAGAGAUUUUUACACUAUGUAAGUGAGAGGUAAUAAUGAAACCCUGUGUGAUCACUGUAAAUAAUAAACUUCAAGAAGCAGUAAAAGUGCACGUUUAGCUGUAAAUGACAACAAUAUUUCUGAAUAAAUGUUUAAGUCUGCUUGUUAUUAACUCUGUCAGACUUGAAUUAUGUGUAUUUGGUAAUAGUUUGCUUUUUAUUUUUUCAGCAGUGGCUCUCAAGUGUCACACAGUGCCAGUUUAAUUUCACUUAAAUACAGUUGGGUGUAUUUGAGAGCAGAACCAACAGAACAACCAGAUUAACUAAUUGAUAUAAUUUUAAAAACAGCUACAGCUUCUGUUCAUUUACAUGUUCAGUAACUUUACCUCCAGUGGCUAAAUUAGGCAACUAUUAAUGCAUCAUUUGAACCAAAUGCCAAAUUUUUCAUUAUGUCUGUAUUAAGAAUCAAUUUACCAUUAGCCAUUGCCAUUCUUAACUCAUUAAAAACCAAACACAGGUGUGUGUGUGUGUGUGUGUGUUGAUGCGUAUAUUGUAGGACUCCUUAUGUAGUA